UUGUUACGCACUAAGUGGAAUUAAAUAUUAAAUUAUAAAAUUAUUAACAGGGUUUUUGUAUACUAUGUAGUCCAUAGUGAUUUUCGUUUGUUUAAUAUCGAUAUAUUUUCUUCGCCUGUAGACAGCGCUGUAUGGUUUGAGCAGUGUCAGGUCGAUGUCAAGAGUCGAAAAGGAGGUGGGAGUUGUGUAUGUUUACGUAUUUGGCUAUCUGUGAGAAAUGAUUCGAUUCAUCCUUAUCCAGAAUCGAGCUGGAAAAACUAGACUAGCGAAAUGGUAUAUGAAUUUUGAUGAUGAUGAAAAGCAGAAACUAAUUGAAGAAGUGCAUGCAGUUGUGACUGUCAGAGAUGCCAAACAUACAAAUUUUGUAGAGUUCCGGAACUUCAAGAUUGUAUACCGAAGAUAUGCAGGUCUAUAUUUCUGUAUCUGUGUGGAUGUUAAUGACAAUAAUUUAUGUUAUCUUGAAGCGAUACACAAUUUUGUUGAAGUCUUGAAUGAAUAUUUUCACAAUGUGUGUGAACUUGAUUUGGUAUUCAAUUUCUACAAGGUUUAUACUGUUGUAGAUGAGAUGUUUCUUGCUGGAGAGAUCAGAGAAACAAGUCAAACGAAAGUUUUGAAACAACUCCUUAUGUUGAACUCCUUAGAAUAGUAUUUUUAUAUUCUGAAGAAAAUAAUAUUCUCACUAUGAGAUGUGUAUGAUAUUGUUAAUGUUGGUAUAUUCUGUGAAGAAUCAUGUCCAUCAAACAUAGCGUUAUGACUUGUAACUACCCCUUAUUAAUUCUGACAUUCCAGUUUUAGUGUUUACUACUUAUUAACAACUUUUUUGAAACAUCUCCAUAAUAUUGUGUGAUGAUAAUGAGGGUUCCAUAUUAGAACAAUGUAAAAGUUUGUAUGAACCAAUAAUUUCUAAGAUGGAGCCCAGUAAAAGUUUGUGUGUGAAUAUUCUGUUAAAUUGAUAGAUGAUAGUAUUUGAGAAUAAAAGCACUCUCAGUUAUGAAGAAACAAAAAUGAGUGCUCGUGUACUGCUUGAAGAUGUUGCGAGUAGAAUGUAUUGCAACACAGUCAUCUUUGUAUCUUUUCCACAAGUCCUCUUGAUAUUCAGUCCUGCCACAUAAACAGUUCCUUUCCUUCCCGAGAUGGCCCCAAAUAUAAAAAUUAAUUUGCUGCAUUCUUUGUUGAGCAUACAUGUGAUAACAAGAAAACUUUCAUGCAUAAUGAAAUGUGGUAGAAAUCUUACAUUUGAGUGUACUUAUCACUUUAAUCAUUUGCUUUUUUAAUCCAUUGUUAUUGUUUUCUGGUAUACUUUAUGUUUUAGAAUUUAGUGCAUAAUAGAUAUUGAAAAUAAUCAUAUGAUAAUGUCAGGAGAAAGAGAAUUUAAAUAGUGGAGUGAGAUUGAGGUGCUUACUGAUGUCAGUGUUGGUUUUAAGACGAACAUCAUUGUACAGAGAAAUAUAGUGAAAGUAGAGUAACAGAAAGAAUAAUGUAUAUGUAUACUAUAUAACCUAGUAUUGUCAGGUAUUGAAACUACAUAAUGCAGUGGCCAUUUGUGUUAGAUGUAUUUGAAUGAUUUGCUAUAUGAUAAUAUUUCAAUUACUUUGUAAUAACAAAAAUGUUGAAUUUAGUGA